UCAAGGACCUGCCAGUGUGAGAGACUCAUCGUCACAAGGCCAUCACCAAGGGGCUCCCUGCCCCUAGGCUGCCAGUCCACAGCAUGCAGGAAACCCUAGCAACAUCGACACUGUUGGCACCCAGCCGAUCCUCAAUCUCCACGCAGGAAAGGUUCUCCACUGCAGGCCAAACUUCGAGCACAGGCCCCCAGCCCUCAAGGCUCUCAAUCAUCCCACCCCCCAGCAAGUCCAAGGGCUGGAAUUCUGGGACCAAAGUACGUCGGAUGCGCAGGAUCAUAGCUGAGGAUCCCGAGUGGUCACUGGCCAUCGUGCCCCUCCUCACAGAGCUCUGCAUUCAGCACAUCGUCAAGAACUUCCAGAACAACCCUAUCCUGAAGCAGCUGCUUCCAGAGCACCAGCAGAAGGUGCUGAGCCACUUGUCACCCGAGCUGCCGCUGGCUGUGACCGCCAACCUGAUCGACGACGAGAGCUACUGGCGCCGCUGCUGCCUGCAGCGCUGGCCCGUGUGCCACGUGGCCAGGCAUGGCGGCAGCUGGAAGCGCCUGUUCUUCGAGCGGCACCUGGAGAACCUGAUCAAGCACUUCAUCCCAGGCACCACGGACCCCGCCGUGCUGCUCGACCUGCUGCCGCUCUGCCGGAGCUACGUGCGCAGGCUGUGCGUGCAUCAGCUCCUCCCGCCCGUGCAGCCGCCCGCCCCACCCCGCAGCGGGGAGCUGUCCGACUCGGGCAGCGAGGGGGAGACGGAGGAGCCUGCCACUGACCACUACCAACUGCGCGACCUGGUGGCCGGCCUGAGCCACCUGGAGGAGCUAGACCUGGUGUACGGGGUCAAGGACUGCGGCAUGAACUUCGAGGGGAACCUCUUCCUCUUCACCUAUCGGGACUGCCACUCCCUGGCGGCCACCAUCAAAGCAUGCCACACCCUCAAGAUCUUCAGGCUGACCCGAAGCAAGGUGGACGACGACAAGGCACGCAUCCUAAUUCGCAGCCUCCUGGAUCACCCAGCCCUUGAGGAGCUGGACCUGUCACACAACCUCAUCGCGGACCGGGGCGCACGUGCCGCAGCCAAGCUGCUGAGCCACAGCCGCUUGCGUGUGCUCAACCUGGCCAACAACCAGGUGCGGGCACCUGGUGCCCAGUCUCUGGCUCACGCCCUAGCACACAACACCAACCUCAUUUCCCUCAACCUGCGCCUCAACUGCAUUGAGGAUGAGGGCGGCCAGGCACUUGCCCACGCCUUGCAGACCAACAAGUGCCUCACAACACUGCACCUCGGUGGCAACGAGCUGUCUGAGCCCACCGCCACGCUCCUCUCCCAGGUGCUCUCCGUCAACACCACGCUCACCAGCAUCAACCUGUCCUGCAACCACAUCGGGCUGGACGGCGGGAAGCAGCUCCUGGAAGGCAUGUUGGACAACAAGACCCUCCUGGAGUUUGACUUGCGCCUGUCAGAUGUGGCCCAGGAGAGCGAGUACCUCAUUGGCCAGGCCCUCUGUGCCAACCGGGAAGCUGCCCGCCAGCGGACCUUGAAUCCCGGCCACUUCAUGUCACCAAUCGUCGCCAAGGGCCCUGAGAACCCUGCACGAUAAGGUGGGGGACAGGGCUGGGGCAGUGACGGGAUCUGGGUCACUGCCCUAGCCCCAUCCCUCAUUUCAUGCUCACGCAUGCCUGCUGUAGAGUGCCACGCUGGUCUAGAGGGAGGAGAGUGGGAGAGACCACGGAUAUCCUCGGGGUCAGUGAUCAAGGGUGAUGCGGAUAAAGACGGGGAGGGGACUGGGAUGGGGGAGAAAAGGGGUAUGAGGUGGGACCCGUCCCCUGUACUCCGGAAGAGGAUAUUACCAUACCCCCUGAAAUGACCGGCUUCUUCCAGGAUUAGGGAAGGCAGAGAAGAUUCUGAAAGCCUCCCCAGACUAUCCCAUGAAGGCCAUCCAUCUCCCUGACCCCUGCCUCCCAACCAUUGUCCUCUCUACUGAACAGUCCUGGACUUUUUGACCUUCAAACAUGUGCGUGCCUACGGGGCACACAUACACCCUCAGUCUCUCUCUCCUCUGGCUACUGCAGAGCUUUGCGCGGCUCUUUCACCCUCACCCCUGCCAAUGCUACCUCGCUAUUACUUGACUCUGCUAAAGUGAUCCCGUUCUACAGGCCAUUCCAUCCGGAUUCUCAUCCCCCCCCCCACACACACACACACAACCUGGGAAGGGGGAAACAGGUGACAGGAGGGACUCAGACCCACUGCCCCCACCGGGAGCUUCUGCUGGGAGGAGGAGAGCAUGGGGGAGGUGCCACACAGGGGAGGGAAGUCAGUGAGUCAUCCGCAACUUUAUUAUCCACAUUUGAUUUGUACAAUCUUUGCGCUUGGAAAUCCACGACAGAAAGGCCACAGUGUGAUGCACCCAAUUGACAGAGACCUGUCUUCUCCCCAGCCAGACCCAGCCCACCCCCACAAGCCCUUGUCCUCAGCACAUAGGGAGCCUUCCAGGUGCCCUCCGAGAGUCCCCAUCGCUCUGUGGCUGCCCACAGGGGUCACAUCAACGCCCAGGGCCACAAGAGGACCUAAUAGGUCCAGGCUGAGCCCCAUCUCCCAUCCUCCCCACCCCGCUGAGGAGUCCAGGGCCUCCAGACCCAUGGUCUUUCCAAAGGAUGGGUCAUGGGCUGCAGCCACCGCCUAGGGGUGCCUGCUCUCCAGGGACUCCUUCCAACAAGCAGGCGCCACGCCGAGCACCAAAGGGGGCUUGGGAGUGACUGCACUUGUGUGCCUGUCUGGGCAAGCUAGAGUCUGUCUGUGCCUGACACCCUCUGACAGUUCGGGAGUGCAAACGUGUAGAUGUGAGGGUGUGUGUGAGUGAGUGUGUGUGUGUGUGUGUGUACGUAGCCACAGCUGCUAGCAGAAGUUCUAAUUAGAGAAACAAGAACAUUCAGUGUAAAGUUUAAUUUUAGAGAUUAAUUUUCUGGUUUUCGUUUUCCCUGGCAAUCAAUAAAGCUACCAAGAAAAUAGACCAAAGAAUCGCUUUCUCUCUAAGUCUGCGCAUGUGUGGAAGGUGAGGCUGUCUGUGUAAGAAGACCUAGGCAGAAAUGGUCAAUACAGGCAAAAAUAAUAGUAGGGGGUCCCCUG